GCUAGUCGAGCCAAAAUGUCCCAGGAGUCUGGGGCCCAGGGUCUCACGAGACGGCCGUCUCGUAGCGCUGCCACCACCACCUUUUCCACCGAGGUCUUCGACAACGAGGUCGUACCAUCCUCCCUCGCCUCGAUCGCUCCUGUCCUUCGUAUCGCCACCGAAAUCCAGCAGGAGCGCCCGCGCGUUGCCUAUCUCUGCCGUUUCUAUGCGUUUGAGAAAGCUCACCGGCUUGAUCCAAACUCGACUGGGCGUGGUGUUAGGCAGUUCAAGACCGGCCUCUUGCAACGGUUAGAGAGGGACAAUGCGUCCAGUCUUGCCUCUCGGGUUAAGAAGACUGAUGCACGGGAAAUUGAGAGCUUUUAUCAGCAAUAUUACGAGCAUUACAUUAGAGCACUUGACCAGGGGGAGCAAGCAGAUAGAGCUCAACUUGGCAAAGCUUACCAGGCAGCUGGAGUGCUUUUUGAAGUUCUUUGCGCCGUUAAUAAGACUGAGAAAGUUGAAGAAGUUGCUCCCGAGAUCAUUGCAGCUGCUAGGGAUGUCCAGGAAAAAAAAGAAAUUUAUGUGCCGUACAACAUUCUUCCUUUGGAUUCUGCAGGUGCUUCACAGUCUAUCAUGCAGCUGGAAGAGACCAAGGCUGCUGUUGCUGCAUUGUGGAACACACGUGGCUUGAACUGGCCUCCUGCAUUUGAGGCGCACAGGCAGAAAGCUGGAGAUCUAGAUCUUCUGGAUUGGCUUAGGGCCAUGUUUGGGUUCCAGAGAGACAAUGUCAGGAAUCAGAGAGAGCAUUUGAUUUUGCUGCUAGCUGAUAAUCACAUACGACUUCAUCCGAAGCCUGAACCUCUUAACAAGCUUGAUGAACGAGCUGUUGAUACAGUUAUGCAAAAGCUUUUUAAGAAUUACAAAAAAUGGUGCAAGUUCUUGGGACGGAAGCACAGUUUGCGGCUCCCCCAGGGCCAGCAAGAAAUCCAGCAGAGGAAGAUACUCUAUAUGGGUUUAUAUCUUCUGAUAUGGGGAGAAGGAGCUAAUGUUCGCUUCAUGCCAGAGUGUCUAUGCUAUAUCUUUCACAAUAUGGCAUAUGAACUCCAUGGUCUGUUGGCUGGAAAUGUCAGCAUUGUUACUGGAGAAAACAUCAAGCCUUCGUAUGGAGGCGAUGAUGAGGCAUUCCUACGGAAGGUUAUAACACCCAUUUACCGUGUAAUCGAAAAGGAAUCCAAGAAGAGCGAGAAUGGAACAGCCCCUCACUCGACUUGGUGCAAUUAUGAUGAUUUGAACGAGUAUUUCUGGUCAUCUGAUUGUUUCUCUCUUGGAUGGCCAAUGCGUGAUGAUGGUGAUUUUUUUAAAUCAACACUUAACAUCGUACAGGGAAGAAAGGUCCCCCAAAGAAACUAUGGAAGCACAGGGAAAUCAAAUUUUGUUGAAACAAGAUCAUUUUGGCACAUGUUUCGUAGUUUUGACCGACUGUGGACAUUUUAUAUUAUAGUUCUACAGGCAAUGAUCAUUGUUGCUUGGAGUGGAAUUUCAAUUUCUCAAAUCGUUCGAAAGGAUAUCUUAUAUCACUUAUCCAGUGUUUUCAUGACAGCUGCCUUUCUUCGCUUCCUUCAAAGUGUGCUGGACCUUGUUUUGAACUUCCCUGGAUAUCAUAGGUGGAGGUUCAGUGACGUGCUGAGAAAUGUACUCAAGAUAAUUGUUAGCCUCGCCUGGAGUAUCAUCCUUCCACUAUGCUAUCUGCAGUCUUUCUCUCUGUCCCCUUACAAAAUUAAAGAUUUGCUGUCAGUUCUUAAUCAAGUAAAGGGCAUUCCCCCAUUAUAUAUCAUGGCUGCGGCAAUAUAUAUGCUUCCGAAUUUGCUGGCAGCUGCGUUGUUUAUCUUUCCAAUGCUCCGUCGAUGGAUUGAAAACUCAGACUGGCACAUUGUUAGGUUCUUCUUGUGGUGGUCACAGCCAAGAAUUUAUAUUGGAAGGGGGAUGCAUGAAAGUCAGUUUGCACUUAUAAAGUACACUCUCUUUUGGGUGUUACUUCUAUGUGCCAAAUUUGCAUUCAGCUAUUUUGUCCAGAUAAAACCUCUGGUGAAGCCUACGAAGGACAUUAUGAGUAUCAAGCAUAUUGACUGGAAGUGGCAUGAAUUUUUCCCCACUGCUAAACACAACUAUGGGGCAGUUGUGACACUCUGGGUGCCUGUAAUAUUGGUUUAUUUUAUGGACUCUCAAAUUUGGUAUGCCAUCUUCUCAACUUUAUACGGUGGUUUUGUUGGGGCCUUUGAUCGUCUUGGAGAGAUACGAACUCUGGGCAUGCUAAGGUCAAGAUUCCAGUCUUUACCUGGUGCAUUUAACACAUAUUUGGUUCCUUCAGAUAGGACACAGAAAAGAGGAUUCUCCUUAUCAAAGAGAUUUGCUGAGGUCACAGCAAGCAGGAGGAGUGAAGCUGCGAAAUUUGCACAGUUGUGGAAUGAAGUAAUAUCCUGCUUCCGAGAAGAAGACCUCAUAAGUGAUAGGAAAGGCCCUAUGGAUCUCUUACUGGUUCCUUAUACAUCAGAUCCUAGCCUGAAAAUAAUUCAGUGGCCGCCCUUUCUGUUGGCAAGCAAGAUACCAAUAGCAUUGGACAUGGCAGCUCAAUUUCGAUCUAGGGACUCUGACCUUUGGAAGCGAAUUUCUGCAGAUGAAUACAUGAAGUGUGCUGUGAUAGAGUGCUAUGAAUCUUUCAAACUUGUCUUGAAUUCCUUGGUGGUUGGAGAAAAUGAGAAAAGGAUAAUUGGCAUCAUAAUAAAGGAAAUUGAGAGUAACAUUUCAAAGAAUACAUUACUCUCAAAUUUCAGAAUGGCUCCCUUGCCCACUCUUUGCAAAAAAUUUGUGGAGCUUGUUGGAUUUUUGAAAGGUGGUGAACCAUCCAAUCGGCAUAAUGUGGUGUUGUUGCUGCAAGAUAUGUUGGAAGUGGUGACCCGUGACAUGAUGGUGAAUGAGAUCCGUGAAUUGGUAGAAUUUGGACAGAGUGGCAAGGACUCUGGAAGGCAACUCUUUGUUGGCACUGAUGCAAAACCAGCAAUAGUAUUUCCUCCUGUCUUAACAAGACAGUGGGAAGAGCAGAUAGGACGUCUUCAUCUCCUUUUGACAGUAAAAGAAUCUGCCAUUGAAGUACCUACAAACCUUGAAGCACGUAGAAGAAUUUCCUUCUUUGCAAAUUCGCUGUUUAUGGAUAUGCCACAUCCACCUCGUGUGCGUAAAAUGCUCUCAUUCAGCGUCAUGACACCAUAUUAUAGUGAGGAGACUGUCUAUUCUAAAAGUGAACUUGAGAUGGACAAUGAAGAUGGAAUAUCUAUCAUAUUCUACUUGCAAAAGAUUUUCCCGGAUGAAUGGAAUAACUUCAUGGAGAGACUCAAUUGCAAAAAAGAGAGUGAGGUUUGGGAAAAUGAAGAGAACAUUUUGCAACUCCGGCACUGGGUCUCCUUAAGAGGACAAACUCUCUGCAGAACCGUUAGAGGGAUGAUGUAUUAUAGACGGGCUCUGAAGCUUCAAGCAUUCCUUGACAUGGCUUCUGAAAUUGAGAUAUUGGAAGGGUACAAAGCAAUCACAGUACCAUCUGAGGAAGAUAAAAAAAGCCAAAGAUCCCUAUAUGCUCAAUUAGAGGCAGUGGCUGACUUGAAAUUCACAUACGUUGCUACCUGUCAAAACUACGGAAAUCAGAAGCGGAGUGGAGAUCGCCGUGCAACAGACAUCUUGAAUUUGAUGGUUAAUUAUCCCACUCUUCGUGUGGCAUAUAUUGAUGAAGUUGAAGAAAAAGAAAGAGAAGGCGGGAAGGUACAGAAGGUCUAUUAUUCAGUGUUGGUAAAAGCAGUGGAUAAUCUUGACCAGGAAAUCUAUCGCAUAAAAUUGCCUGGUCCAGCGAAGUUAGGAGAAGGGAAGCCUGAAAAUCAGAACCAUGCUAUAAUUUUCACUAGAGGGGAGGCUCUUCAAACCAUCGACAUGAACCAGGAUAAUUACUUAGAAGAAGCAUUCAAAAUGCGUAACCUUCUACAAGAAUUUAAUGAGGACCACGGAGUGCGCCCGCCUACAAUAUUAGGUGUUCGGGAGCAUAUCUUUACAGGAAGUGUAUCUUCUUUGGCUUGGUUCAUGUCAAUGCAAGAAUCAAGCUUUGUUACUAUUGGCCAAAGAGUUCUAGCGAGGCCAUUGAAGAUCCGUUUUCACUACGGUCAUCCAGAUGUGUUUGAUAGAAUCUUCCACCUAACACGUGGUGGCAUCAGCAAGGCUUCUCGUGGCAUCAAUUUGAGCGAGGACAUUUUUGCUGGCUUCAACUCAACACUCAGACGAGGAAAUGUUACUCACCAUGAGUAUAUUCAAGUUGGAAAAGGCCGAGAUGUCGGACUCAACCAAAUUUCACUAUUUGAAGCAAAAGUGGCUUGUGGUAAUGGGGAGCAGAUACUAAGCAGAGACAUUUAUCGAUUAGGGCACCGUUUUGACUUUUUCCGCAUGCUGUCAUUCUAUUUCACAACAAUAGGGCUCUACGUCAGCUCAAUGAUGGUUGUCAUAACAGUCUAUAUUUACUUGUACGGGAAACUAUAUAUGUCACUGAGUGGACUGGAGGCAUCAGUAGUCAAGUUUGCAAAAGCCAAGGGAAACAAUCCUCUAAAGGCAGCCAUGGCUUCACAGUCCCUUGUUCAAAUAGGGUUUCUGAUGACUCUGCCCAUGGUCAUGGAGAUGGGACUAGAGAAAGGGUUCAGAACUGCAAUAGGUGACAUUAUAAUCAUGCAGCUUCAGCUUGCACCCGUCUUUUUCACUUUUUCUCUCGGUACAAAGGUCCAUUAUUACGGUCGCACCAUCUUGCAUGGUGGUGCAAAGUAUAGAGCAACUGGGCGUGGCUUUGUUGUUCGGCAUGAGAAGUUUGCAGAAAAUUACAGGAUGUACUCGAGGAGCCAUUUUGUGAAAGGGACUGAGCUUCUGGUACUACUUAUAUGUUAUCAAGUCUAUGGGUCAGCCGCCAAUGAUCCCACAUCUUUCGCUAUGCUCACUUACUCAAUGUGGUUCCUAGUUGGGUCAUGGUUGUUUGCUCCUUUCCUUUUCAAUCCUUCAGGAUUUGAAUGGCAGAAGAUAGUUGAUGAUUGGGAUGACUGGUCCAAGUGGAUAAGCAGCCAUGGUGGUAUAGGGGUACCAGCAAACAAGAGCUGGGAAUCCUGGUGGGAUGAGGAACAAGAGCACUUGCAGCACACUGGUUUUCUGGGACGCUUUUGGGAGGUUGUUCUUGCAUUGCGCUUCUUUGUCUAUCAGUACGGAGUCGUGUAUCAACUACAUGUUGGGACACAGAGCAGAGCCAGUCGAACAAAGAGUAUCAUUGUCUAUGGUAUGUCUUGGCUGGUCAUUGUUGCUGUGAUGAUUCUCUUAAAGAUUGUAUCCAUGGGAAGAAAGAAGUUCAGUGCAGAUUUUCAGUUGAUGUUCAGAGUCCUAAAGCUGAUCCUCUUUGUGGGGGCUGUUGUAACGCUGGUCUUGCUUUUUCUUUUCGCUGAACUCACAGUUGGAGACAUCUUUCAGAGCUUACUGGCCUUCUUGCCUACAGGAUGGGCAAUUCUGCAGAUAUCACAAGCUUGCAGGCCAGUGGUGAAGGCCGUUGGAAUGUGGGGGUCUGUCAAAGCUUUAGCAAGAGGUUAUGAAUACCUAUUGGGACUGAUUAUCUUCACCCCAGUUGCUGUAUUGGCCUGGUUCCCAUUUGUCUCAGAGUUCCAGACUAGGCUGCUCUUCAACCAAGCUUUCAGCCGAGGGCUUCAGAUCCAACGUAUUCUGGCUGGUGGUAAGAAGCAGAAGUGAAAACUCUCCGUGUCCAAAGAAAUUAUUGUGGUCACAGAGAGGAGCAGAAAAUUAUCUUGAAAAGAUAGCGGGUUACUGAGGAAUGUAAAGGCAUGAUGAUGGAGACAAAUGCAGCUGAAAACUACCAGAUGCCUCUCUACAUUGCAUUCGAUCUUGAUCUAGCCUUCCCACGUUUCUCCCAACCCAUAGAUGACACUUGGGAAAUUUUUUUUUUAGUUCCAUUAGUUCCUCACAGUUGGCAAUACAUGCUCCAACACAAUAAAUCAUUCUAUGUGUGAACAAUGUAUUGUAUAGCAAUCAGUAGCUUGCCCUUA